UUCUUCAUCUUCAUCCAUUAUUAUAAACGUCACUUUACUCUUAAACCAGUUUUUUCUUUUCUCUCUAUCCAAAGAAAACACACACAAACAGUUUCCGGGAAAAAUGAAGUGCCAAGUUGUUUUAAUUAUACUCAUCGGAGUGAUCUUCAACUGCAUAGAGGCAGAGACGAUAAAAGAAGAUAAACACUCUCUUCUUCAGUUCGUUAACAACGUCAAUCACUCUCAUUCACUCAACUGGUCACCAAAUCUUUCUAUAUGUACCCAAUGGACCGGUGUUACCUGCAGCUCAGAUCAUUCUAGUGUAGUUGCACUUCGUUUAGCAGCCACGGGUCUACGGGGGCAUAUCGGGUUAAGCACCAUAGCCAGGUUAACUAAUCUUCGGUCUCUCGUUCUCAGUUCUAACAACAUCUCUGGACGUUUUCCUCCAAGUUUACAAGCUUUGAAGAACUUGACCGAGCUUAAACUCGACUUCAACGAGUUUUCCGGUCCUUUGCCUUCUGAUUUCUCUUCUUGGGAGAGUCUAGGAGUUCUUGAUCUCUCUAAUAAUCGGUUUGAUGGUAGUAUUCCAUCUUCGAUUGAGAAGCUGACUCGGUUACACUCUCUGAAUCUUGCGAGUAACAAGUUUUCAGGUGAGAUUCCUAAUCUACAUAUUCCGGGUCUGAAGCUGCUAGACUUAGCUCACAACAAUCUGACAGGGACCAUACCUGAGUCAUUGCAGAGGUUUCCACUAUCAGCAUUCGUCGGAAACAAAGUUUUUUCCAGAAAGCUGGCGCCUGUUCAUUCAUCAUUAAGGAAACACACAAAACAUCACAACCAUGCAAUUCUUGUCAUAGCAUUAAGCGCAUGUUUUGCGAUACUAGCUCUGCUUGCUAUCUUGUUGGUAAUCAUCCAUAAUAGAGAAGAGCAAAGAAGAUCUACAAAGGAGAAACCUAGCAAGAGGAGGAAAGAUUCAGAUCCAAACGUUGGUGAAGGAGAUAACAAGAUUGUGUUUUUCGAAGGGAAGAAUCUUGUCUUUGAUUUGGAAGACUUGUUGAGAGCUUCUGCAGAAGUUCUAGGGAAGGGUCCGUUCGGGACAACCUACAAGGUUGAUCUUGAGGAUUCAGCGACCAUCGUUGUGAAAAGGAUCAAGGAAGUGAGUGUUCCUCAGCGGGAAUUCGAGCAGCAAAUCGAAAAUAUUGGCAGCAUCAAGCAUGAGAAUGUUGCCACUUUAAGAGGAUAUUUCUACUCUAAGGAUGAGAAGCUAGUGGUUUAUGAUUACUACGAACAUGGAAGUCUUUCAACAUUACUACACGGUCAGAGAGGUCUUAGGGAACGGAAACCUCUAGAAUGGGAAACUAGACUGAAUAUGGUGUAUGGAACAGCAAGAGGAGUGGCUCAUAUCCACUCCCAAAGCGGAGGCAAACUAGUCCACGGGAACAUAAAAUCGUCAAACAUUUUCCUCAACGCAAAAGGAUAUGGCUGCAUCUCCGGAGCAGGACUGGCUACACUGAUGCAUUCGCUACCCCGACAUGCAGUUGGCUAUCGUGCACCAGAGAUAACGGACACAAGAAAGGGGACUCAACCGUCGGAUGUGUAUAGCUUCGGGAUUUUGAUUUUCGAGGUACUAACAGGAAAAUCAGAAGUGGCAAACCUGGUGAGGUGGGUGAACUCAGUGGUUAGAGAAGAAUGGACCGGAGAGGUGUUUGAUGAGGAGCUUUUGAGGUGUACCCAAGUAGAGGAAGAGAUGGUAGAGAUGCUGCAGGUUGGUAUGGUCUGCACAGCAAGAUUACCAGAAAAGAGACCAAGCAUGAUUGAGGUAGUGAGAAUGGUGGAAGAAAUAAGACCAGACAAACUAGCCAGCGGAUACAGAUCAGAGGUUUCCACAGGCGCAACGACAACUCCAAUUGGAAGUUUAUCAGGAUCGCCAUAUAUACUGUGAGAAAGACUAUUCAUCUUUCCUUUAUGUAUUUGUUCAGAAAAGGAUUUCAUUAUUUCAGUUCAGUCUAUGAAAAGGCAUAAAGCUACCUAGCUUAACAAAAAAAAAAGGGGCCAGUGAAUGAUGUAAAUAUUGAUCAGUCACUCUCAAGAAAGACCCGAAAAGGAACUCAGUUCACA